AUGAGGAUAAGACUUGGCUCGCUCAAUAUGCUGAUUGACCUCAUAAAUAAAACUCCCUUUCCAGAAUGGAUGAGAAUGCAGGGUCCCAUUCCUAGUUCCCUUGAGUCAGCCAUAGACCCAGAUUUUAAAACGACAGGAUGGGAUUCUUAUUAUGAACCGAAGGAAUUCGAUUUUUAUGUCUCUGGAUACUUUGGAGCGGCUGGUGCAACUGGAGCCACAGACGCAACUGCUAAUGCUGACAAUGGCGAUAACAAUGGAAACAGCGGAAAUGGCGGCUUCAAAGCUCCUAGUGGUUUUAAUGAUUCCAAUGGUUUCGAUGGUUCAAAUGGUUUAAAUGGUUCCAAUGGUUCAAAUGGUUCCAAUGGUUACUAUGGUGGUGGUUCUGAUGGAGGCAAAAGAAAGAGUCCUCUAAGAAACAAUUUUAGAAAAUUGAAUUGA